ACUUGUUAAACGCUUCUUAGUUUUUACUUUUUUUCUUUAGUUACAACCGGGCAAAAGUCUAUCAUUACCCUACUUAACUUUUAAAACCUAAAGUUUAUUUAAGUUAGUUUUAUAACGUUGGAUGGCAUCUUGUACUGAGAAGCAAAGUGAUAUUGAAAUUGUACUCUUCACUCUUGAAACACCAUGGCAUCCAGACACGCUAUUCCAUUCAUGAGAAAAAUCACCACUACUCAGGACAUGAUCGAUACAAAUUUGGUCAGAGUGAAAGAACUAGAAACAGCACUGAAAAACAAACAGCCCAGUGAGCACAAGAAAAAACUCCAAGCUGAAUUGGCCGAAAUAAGGGAAGAGAUAUUGAAAAAAGAAACAGAACUUAAACAGUGCUACGGAGAAAAUAGGAAAACGUUUAUGGUCGCAGUUCUAGUGAUGUUUUUCAGCUUUCUCAUUUACGUCGUUUAUAUCAUGAUUGUGGGUCCAAAUGCAAAUGUUAAACCGAUUAGUUUAAAUUUUUAAGGACUGUCACUACAAAGUCAUACUGUUGUAUAAUUAUUUAAGUUUUUAUAAAUAUAACCUUGUGUUGGUUGUCUACGACCUUAAACUUUGU